AUGAGGGGAGCCAACUGGACACUGGUGACAGAGUUCAUCCUAGUGGGACUCUCCCAUCACCCCCAGGCACAAACUGUCUUCUUCUGGCUGCUGCUGCUUAUCUACCUUGUGACUCUGCUGGGAAAUGGACUCAUCCUGGCCAUGAUCUGGGGGGACCCACGGCUCCACACCCCCAUGUACUUCUUCCUCAGCAAUCUCUCCUUCCUUGACCUCUGCUACUCUACCAGCUCUGCCCCCCCAAUGCUGGCAAACUGCUUUGCAGAAACUCCCACCAUCUCCUUCACUAACUGCUAUGCCCAGAUGUGUAUCUCGCUGUAUCUGGGUGUGACAGAGUGCCUCCUGCUGGCUGUCAUGGCCUACGACCGCUUUGUGGCCAUUUGCAACCCACUGCGCUACCCUUUGAUCAUGAGUGGGAGGGUGUGCCUUCAGAUGGCAGUUGGCGUGUGGACCAGUGCAUUCCUCCUGACAGUGGUCCCCACACUCACAUUACCAUCUGAAUUCUGUGGGCCCAAUGUGAUCAACCACUUCACCUGCAAGGUCCAGGCUGUGCUGAAGCUAGCCUGCUCUGACACAUAUCUCAAUGGCACCAUGAUGUUUGCCAGUGGGGUACUGACGCUUCUUGUACCCUUUGCCUUCAUCCUGGUGACAUACAUCCGCAUUGGCAUGGCUGUGCUGCGCAUUCGGUCAGCCAAGGGCAGGAGCAAAGCUGUAUCCACCUGUGGAUCCCACCUGACUGUGGUCAGCAUAUUGUAUGGCACAGCCAUGGUCAUGUAUGUUCGCCCACAGGCAAAGUCUGCCUCCGAUCAGGACAAGCUCAUUGCUGUGUUCUAUGGACUUGUCACGCCCAUGCUGAAUCCUCUUAUCUAUAGUCUGAGGAACAAGGAUGUGCAAGGAGCACUGAAAAGAGUGUCUGGCAGGAAAAUGGCUGCAUAA